AUGAAAGGUUUAAUUUUAGUUGGUGGUUACGGUACCAGAUUAAGACCAUUAACUUUGACUGUUCCAAAGCCAUUAGUUGAAUUUGCUAACAGACCAAUGAUUUUGCACCAAAUCGAAGCUUUAGCUGCUGCUGGUGUCACUGAUAUUGUUCUUGCUGUCAAUUACAGACCAGAAGUUAUGGUCGAAACUUUAAAAAAAUACGAAAAAGAAUAUGGUGUCAGCAUCACUUUCUCUGUUGAAACUGAACCAUUAGGUACUGCUGGUCCUUUGAAAUUAGCUGAAAAGAUUUUAAAGAAGGAUGAUUCUCCAUUCUUUGUUUUAAACUCUGAUGUCAUCUGUGAAUAUCCAUUCAAAGAAUUAGCUGAGUUCCAUGCUGCUCAUGGUGGUAAAGGUACUAUCGUUGCCACUAAGGUUGACGAACCAUCUAAAUAUGGUGUUAUUGUUCACGAUAUAGCUACUCCAAACUUAAUUGACAGAUUCGUUGAAAAACCAAAGGAAUUCGUCGGUAACAGAAUCAAUGCCGGUUUAUAUAUCUUAAAUCCAGAAGUUAUUGAUUUAAUUGAAAUGAAACCAACUUCCAUUGAAAAGGAAACCUUCCCAAUAUUAGUGGAACAAAAAUCCUUAUACUCCUUUGAUCUAGAAGGUUUUUGGAUGGAUGUUGGUCAACCAAAAGACUUCUUAUCUGGUACUGUUCUUUACUUAAACUCUUUAAAGAAAAAGAAUUCCGAUAAAUUGGUCACUGGUGACAACAUCCUUGGCAAUGCUAUGAUUGACCCAACUGCAAAGAUUGCCAAGACUGCCAAGAUUGGUCCAGAUGUUGUCAUUGGUCCAAAUGUUACCAUCGGUGAUGGUGUCAGAAUCACCAGAUCUGUUGUCUUAGCUAACUCUACUAUCAAUGAUCACUCCUUAGUCAAAUCUACUAUUAUUGGUUGGAACUCUAAGGUCGGUAAGUGGUGUCGUCUUGAAGGUGUCACUGUUCUUGGUGACGAUGUUGAAGUGAAAGAUGAAGUUUACAUCAAUGGUGGUAAAGUUUUACCACACAAGUCCAUUUCUGACAAUGUCCCACAAGAAGCUAUUAUUAUGUAA